UCUACUCACCACUAAAACUUAAAUACACACUUCAUCUUCUCUAAAACCCUAAAAUAUAACACACAAGAUGGGUUUGGUUAGAUCAUUGUGCUUAUUCAUAACCUUCCUUAGUUGUCUCAUCAUCUCAGUUCAUGGCCAAGCUACCGCAAGGCCGGUUCCUGUUUCUGGCACAAGGAUCGGGUUUUACUUGACCACGUGUCCUAACGUUGAAACCAUCGUCCGAAAUGCCGUGAAUGCUGGUUUCAGUUCCGACCCCAGAAUUGCACCCGGAAUACUGAGAAUGCAUUUCCACGACUGUUUUGUCCAAGGUUGUGACGGUUCGAUCCUUAUAUCGGGAGCUAACACCGAGAGAACAGCCGGUCCGAACCUCAAUCUCCGAGGGUUUGAAGUCAUCGACAACGCCAAAACGCAGCUCGAAGCCGCCUGUCCAGGAGUUGUCUCUUGUGCUGAUAUUUUAGCCUUAGCCGCUCGUGACACAGUCAUUCUCACGCAAGGAACAGGAUGGCAAGUACCAACGGGACGUAGAGAUGGCCGAGUUUCUUUGGCUUCGAAUGCUAACAAUCUCCCCGGUCCACGUGACUCCGUUGCCGUUCAACAACAGAAAUUCUCCGCUUUAGGACUCAAUACUCGUGAUCUCGUCGUCCUCGUCGGAGGACACACGAUCGGAACAGCAGGAUGUGGUGUAUUCAGGAACAGGCUAUUCAAUACCACCGGACAACCCGCAGAUCCAACCAUCGACCCAACAUUUUUGGGGCAGCUUCAAACACAAUGUCCCCAAAACGGCGACGCUUCAGUGCGCGUUGAUCUCGACACUGGAAGCGGAACCACUUGGGACACUUCAUACUACAACAACCUAAGCCGUGGCCGUGGAGUUCUCCAAUCCGAUCAAGUCCUUUGGACGGAUCCAGCCACUAGACCCAUAGUGCAACAAUUGAUGGCUCCUAGAAGCACCUUCAACGUUGAGUUUGCGAGGUCAAUGGUCAGGAUGAGUAAUAUCGGUGUGGUUACUGGGGCUAAUGGGGAAAUCCGUAGGGUUUGCUCUGCGGUUAAUUAAUUAACCGAUUAAAAUCCGUUUCAUGGC